GUCUGGGGGGGCUUCCUGAACAACGAAUAUUGAUAGAACCCUGCAGAGAGAGUUUGUUGGUUUGAGCAGUGCCCUUCCGGGUGCCUUGCCAUAUCAGCUUUGUAUGGGGUGGACAUUAUCCAAGAUGGGCCUCAAGUGAAUGAAUCGGGUGGUCAAGCUGCAGCUGAGUAGCAAGUUCUGAAGCUCCCCUGUGGGCAGCAUGUCAUGGUUUAGUGGUCUCCUGGUACCCAAAGUGGACGAGCGGAAAACAGCUUGGGGUGAACACAAUGGGCAGAAGCGCGGGCAUCGAGGAACUCGGACAGUUGGCUUCUGCACACCUCGCUAUAUGAGCUGCCUCCAGGAUGCACAGCCACCUAGCCCUACCCCUGCCGUGUCCUCUCGAUGCCCCUGGCAGGGGGAAGCCUUCAUUCGGAGGGGGGGCCCAGGCAAGGGCACAGAGCUGGGUCUGCGGGCAGUGGCCCUGGGCUUUGAAGAUACUGAGGCCACGUCAGUGGUCGUAACAACUGAGGCAGCGCCUGAGGUGGCGCCGAGGAAUGGGCAGUCCUGCUGGCACCAACUAGUGCAGGUUUUCCAGUCAAAGCAGUUCCGCUCCGCCAAGCUGGAGCGUCUCUACCAGCGCUACUUCUUCCAGAUGAAUCAGAGCAGCCUGACCCUGCUGAUGGCAGUUCUCGUGCUGCUCAUGGCCAUCCUUCUGGCCUUCCAUGCUGCGCCAGCCCGUCCUCAGCCUGCCUAUGUGGCUCUGCUGGCCUGUGCCGCUGCCCUCUUCGUGGCGCUCAUGGUGGUGUGUAACCGGCAUAGUUUCCGCCAGGACUCCAUGUGGGUGGUGAGCUAUGUGGUGCUGGGCAUCCUGGCGGCUGUGCAGGUUGGGGGCGCCUUAGCAGCCAACCCCCACAGUCCAUCUGUGGGCCUCUGGUGCCCCUUGUUCUUUGUCUAUAUCACCUACACGCUCCUCCCCAUCCGUAUGCGGGCAGCUGUCUUUAGCGGUUUGGGCCUCUCCACCCUGCACCUGAUCUUGGCCUGGCAGCUGAACCGUGGUGAUGCCUCCCUCUGGAAGCAGCUCGGGGCCAAUGUGCUGCUGUUCCUCUGCACCAAUGUGAUCGGCAUCUGCACACACUACCCAGCCGAGGUAUCUCAGCGCCAGGCCUUCCAGGAGACCCGUGGCUAUAUCCAGGCCCGGCUCCACCUGCAACACGAGAAUCGGCAGCAGGAGCGGCUGCUGCUGUCAGUGUUGCCCCAGCAUGUUGCCAUGGAGAUGAAAGAAGACAUCAACACAAAGAAAGAGGACAUGAUGUUCCACAAGAUCUACAUCCAGAAGCAUGACAAUGUCAGCAUCCUGUUUGCAGACAUCGAGGGCUUCACCAGCCUGGCAUCUCAGUGCACUGCACAGGAGCUGGUCAUGACCCUCAACGAGCUCUUUGCCCGAUUUGACAAGCUGGCUGCGGAAAAUCACUGCUUGAGGAUCAAGAUCCUUGGGGACUGUUACUACUGUGUGUCAGGAUUACCAGAGGCUCGGACAGACCAUGCCCACUGUUGUGUGGAGAUGGGAGUGGACAUGAUCGAGGCCAUCUCACUGGUGCGUGAGGUGACAGGCGUGAAUGUCAACAUGCGCGUGGGCAUCCACAGUGGGCGUGUGCAUUGCGGGGUCUUGGGUCUGCGGAAAUGGCAGUUCGAUGUGUGGUCCAACGAUGUGACACUGGCCAACCACAUGGAGGCGGGGGGCCGUGCUGGCCGCAUUCACAUCACCCGGGCCACGCUGCAGUACCUGAACGGGGACUAUGAGGUGGAGCCAGGCCGGGGCGGUGAGCGCAAUGCCUACCUCAAGGAGCAGCACAUCGAGACCUUCCUCAUCCUGGGAGCCAGUCAGAAGCGGAAGGAAGAGAAGGCCAUGCUGGCUAAGCUGCAGCGGACACGGGCCAACUCCAUGGAGGGGCUGAUGCCGCGCUGGGUGCCUGACCGCGCCUUCAGCCGCACCAAGGAUUCUAAGGCCUUCCGGCAGAUGGGCAUUGAUGAUUCCAGCAAAGACAACCGGGGUGCCCAAGAUGCCCUGAACCCUGAGGAUGAGGUUGAUGAGUUCCUGGGCCGGGCCAUUGAUGCCCGUAGCAUCGAUCAGCUGCGUAAGGACCAUGUGCGCCGGUUCCUGCUCACCUUCCAGAGAGAGGAUCUGGAGAAGAAGUACUCAUGCAAGGUGGACCCCCGCUUUGGAGCCUAUGUGGCCUGUGCCUUGCUGGUCUUCUGUUUCAUUGCCUUCAUCCAGCUCCUUGUCUUCCCACACUCCACCCUGAUGCUCGGGAUAUACGCUGCUGUCUUUGUGCUGCUGCUGCUCACUGUGCUGGCCUGUGCCAUGUACUCCUGUGGUUCUCUCUUCCCCGUGGCCCUGCGGCGUCUGUCCCGAAGCAUUGUCCGCUCCAGGGCACAUAGUACCAUCGUUGGUAUCUUUUCGGUCCUGCUCGUGUUUACCUCCACUGUGGCCAACAUGCUCACCUGUGACCACACCCCCAUCCAGACAUGUGCAGGCCAGCUGUUGAACAUGACACCUGCAGACAUCACUGCCUGCCACCUGCAGCAGCUCAAUUACUCUCUGGGCCAGGAAGAGUCCUUGUGCAAGGGCCUCGGGCCCACCUGCAGCUUUCCUGAGUACUUCAUUGGAAACAUGCUGCUGAGUCUCUUGGCCAGUUCUGUCUUCCUGCACAUCAGCAGCAUUGGGAAGCUGGCCAUGACCUUUGUCCUGGGGCUCAUCUAUUUGGUGCUGCUUUUCCUGGGUCCCCCAGCUAUCAUCUUUGACAACUAUGACCUGAUGCUUGGCGUCCAUGGCUUGGCAUCUUCCAAUGAAACCUUCAAUGAUCUGGAUUGUCCCACAACAGGGAGGGUAGCACUCAAAUAUAUGACCCCUGUGAUUCUGCUGGUGUUCGCCUUGGCACUGUAUUUACAUGCCCAGCAGGUGGAAUCAACUGCCCGCCUAGACUUCCUCUGGAAACUACAGGCUACAGGUGAGAAGGAGGAGAUGGAAGAGCUGCAAGCCUACAACCGCAGGCUGCUGCAUAACAUCUUGCCCAAGGAUGUGGCUGCCCAUUUCCUGGCCCGGGAACACAGGAAUGAUGAGCUCUACUAUCAGUCAUGUGAGUGUGUGGCUGUCAUGUUUGCCUCCAUUGCCAACUUUUCUGAGUUCUACGUGGAGCUCGAGGCAAACAAUGAGGGCGUGGAGUGUCUGCGGCUGCUCAAUGAGAUCAUCGCUGACUUUGACGAGAUUAUCAGCGAGGAACAGUUCCGGCAGCUGGAGAAGAUUAAGACUAUCGGGAGCACAUACAUGGCUGCCUCGGGAUUGAAUGCCAGCACCUAUGAUCAGGUGGGCCGCUCCCACAUCACUGCCCUGGCUGACUAUGCCAUGCGACUCAUGGAACAGAUGAAAUACAUCAAUGAGCACUCCUUCAACAAUUUUCAGAUGAAGAUCGGGCUGAACAUGGGCCCUGUGGUAGCUGGUGUCAUCGGGGCCCGGAAACCACAGUAUGACAUCUGGGGAAACACUGUGAAUGUAUCUAGUCGUAUGGACAGUACAGGCGUCCCUGACCGAAUCCAGGUGACCACAGACCUGUACCAGGUCCUCGCUGCCAAAGGCUACCAGCUGGAGUGUCGAGGGGUGGUCAAGGUGAAAGGCAAAGGCGAGAUGAUCACCUACUUCCUCAAUGGGGGCCCCAACAGCUAGCAAGGCCCUGCUUCAGUUCAGCUGAAAGGACCGAGGUGGGCAUUUGAGUUGCCUCUGCUUGCUGGGUGGAGCCUCCAGACCCUGCAGACCAAGAAAGGAAGAGCACACAGGCUGCUCUGGCCUAGACCAGCACUUGGCUAUCAGCACUGGUGAAUGAGGAGCUACCAAAAGGAUCAUGCAAGCACCUUUGUUUUAAUGGUGUAGAACUCUUCCCUCUUCUCUCCAUUAGCUUUUGGAAGCAGGAGAAGGGACAGCAAUGCAUCAGGGGAGCCCUUGCUGAGAGAUUCACUGGCAGCUUGCCUUGCCUACGCUUUACCUGCCUGUCUGGAGAGCAGGCUUAAGGCUUGGCCUCCCUUUCCUUUUUACCUGGGACUCUAGUACCAAGACUGGGGCUGGCAUAGGAAUAUCUCUUCUGUGCUUGACUUUCUCUGUGCCGCAGUCUGGGGCUCACCCUCCGCCAGCCAAUUCUCCCUCAUAUACACAGGGCAGAAGGAGAUUCACAAGGGACACAAUUUUGUCCAUAUUUCAGGAGAAUCUUUCCAUUUGUCAAAUAUUUUCAUUUUUCCCAUGAUCUGUCCCCAAAGGGGAACAUAGGAACUUCUGACCGUUAUCCUAGGUUCCAGCAUAGCUCCAGGGCACCUGGCUUUACCAGUACUGUGAAAACCGGAGGCUAAGCUGUGGGAUGGAUAUUAGGCACUCAUGAGCUGCAUGUUCACAGCAAGUGCCAAAGAGCAGACUGACCUAGGCGGGCACAGAGCCAGGCUCUGGUGGCAGCUUCUGUGCUUUCUUACUGUUUCUGGCAAGGGGCCAAAGCGCCUCUCCACCCAUUCUGUUGCCAAAUAGAAAAGGGUCAAGCAUGGAGGAAGACAGUUCUGAUUCCAGCCCUGUCCUCCAGUGCUUGUGUGCGGGGUGGCUGUGUGUACAUGGCAGCCUCUUCCCCAGCGUUCUGUGUGUAUUUGUUUGCCUUUCUGCUCCCCACUCUGAACAGCAUGUAUUAUAAGAAAAAGAUAAACUUUCCUGUUUCAAGGGAAGGCAAGAUACUCAGCUUUCAAUGGAAUAGGGUAUAGUAGGGGAGUCUUUUUUUUUUUUUUUUUAGGUUUUUGGGCCACACCCAGGGACGCUCAGGGGUUACUCCUGGCUAUGUGCUCAGAAAUCGCUCCUGGCUUGGGGGACCAUAUGGGACGCCAGGGAUCGAACCAGGUCUGUCCUGGAUCAGCCACGUGCAAAGCAAAUGCCCUGCCGCUGUGCUAUAUUGCUCCAGCCCCUUAUGGGAGUCCUUUUUGUGCCAAAUUCCUAAGUGCCAUUUGGAGCCCUAGGUGCAGCCUGGUUGUCCCCCUGCCUGACAGGAACCCCUGUGCCUGCUAAGCACCAGAGAUUCAUGCUCAGGAGCUGUCUGAGGUUUUAGUGGUCAGAGCUUAGAAAAGUGUUAUGUUUCCCAGCUUGUGUCCUGAGAUGCGCUAUGCUCUGGGACUAGGCUAGACUGGGAUCCCUCUGAGGACUCAUGUAAUUGGUACCAGGGGAUGCAGUGGGAAAUUGAAGCUUGGCUUUUUCAGCCAGCAAUGAAUAUGCUCUGCUGGUUGGUCCUGUUUCUGGAUCUUCAGUCCCCUGAAGCCUUUGGGCUGACAGGAGGGUUGGGAGGCAGGCUUAAGACAGCCUUCUUCAUGGUCCUGUUCUCACUCCUUUGGCUGCACCUCCUUUUCUCUGGCCUAAAGCAGAUGGUACCUUGGUUUCUCUGUGUGGACCUUUGUAUACCCAAAGCAUAAACCUGAAUUCUGCUCGGAAGUGGCUUUGUCUAUGAACGGAGAGGCAGAGGUACGAAGGCUCCGAGAUGCUGGGUUGUUGAGGGCACAUGAUGUUCCUGCUCUUCCUUACUCUCAUUACAGAGGCCAAUUUCCGACUGGCACAGCCUGCUUUAGGGACUCUUCAUGUACCACCCCAAAGGCCCAGCAGGCACUUCAUUAGCCAAGGCAGGGAAGGGGGGGAGAAACUAGUGGGUCCAGACAAUCAGCUCCACUUUCCCAGCCAUAUCCUUAGAUAGGAAACAACCCCUUGAAUAUCUGGUAAUGGGUAUAGGGGAAUAGGACUGUAGCAGAUCCCAGCCUUGGUUGAUUUGUCUGUCUCUUGGCAGACAUGAAGGAUCUGUCUACACCCUGGCUCCCCAUACCACAGUGCCGGCAGUGCCCACCAUCUGGCUACCACUGCCCCUUUCCUUACCAGUUGGUGAAGGAGUCAGUGGAUGGGAGGCCAAAUGGAUUUGGUUUUAUAAUGUAACCACUGUGGGGGGUAUGCAUCAUGUAUUUCAGUGAAAUAUUUAAUAUAUUUAAACAUCAAUAAAAUCAAACUCUUUGUAAAA